AACGAAAGUCUGGGAAAGCAGCGGGAAAGGAGAAGUGAACCCAGUGUUUGGCAGGACUUAAAAAGGAGUGAGAUUUGUGUCCCAGACUUCAGAAGAUAGAAGCACAUUUUGGGACGACAUCACUUUAAUAACCAGAGGAGAGAAGUCUGCGGUUAAAAAAUGCUUGCAUAUCGAAAUAUAUUCACUCUGUGGCUCCUGCUACUUCUCCAUGUCUCUGGAAGUGCAAAGAGAUUGAACAUGUUUGGCAGAGGAAGAAACCCUGUGCUGCAGGAGGGUGAUGUGAGGCUGUUUGGCGGUGUGUCCGAGGGCCGUGUGGAAAUCUACCAUGAGGGGAAAUGGGGAACAGUGUGUGACGACGGCUGGGACAUGGCUGAGGCCCAGGUCGUGUGUCGUCAGCUCCACUUCCCCAGAGCCAAAUCUGUUGUCAUUGGGAAGAACUACGGAAAAGUGUCUGGACCUAUUUGGCUGGAUGAUUUGACAUGUAAAGGCACAGAGACAUAUCUGUCUACCUGUGCUUUCACAAGCUGGGGAACAACAGACUGCACUCACAAAGAGGACGUUGGAGUUAUUUGUGAGACAAGCGGCACAAAUGCUACCAACAGUGAUUCUCUACACUCGCUGGACCACAGUAUCAGUCUGUCGGAUGAGCGUGGCCAAAUCUUUGACAGCGGGAACGGCUGUGACUUCCUGAUCACAGUCCAGAGUGAUACUGGAAACAAACAUGAGGACGGGACCCCAGAGUUGGUUGGGACAACGAUUUGCGUGCACAAAUUGAUCUUCUCACAAUUCCCGCUCUUCAAUGCUUCAGAGGGGAUCGCUAACAUCACGGUCAGCCAGUCUUGCCAACCACAUUUCACCUCCUUCAUCAGGUACAUUUACACCCGCAAGAUAGAUGUGGCAUUCUCCUCCGUGCAGUGCCUCCACUGGAUGGCUUAUAGAUUUGGGGUGAUGGAGCUGAUGGAGGACACAGGCCGGAUGUUCUCUAAAAUCCUACCAGAGGACUCCUUGUUCCACACCCAGGUGUCCCUUUACGAAUAUGCAGUGGAGACUGGGGACUUUGUCCUGGAGGAGAUCUGUCUUCAGUAUCUGGCCUGGAACUUCCAAAAUCUGACCAGCUCCCCUGCUUGGACCCAACUCUCCGUUGAACUCCUUAGAUCCCUUCUGCUCCGCUCAGACCUGGUGGUGCCUGAUGAAUAUGAUCUGCUUCAGACUGUGGAGAGCUGGAUCACUGAGAAGGGCAGCUCGACCAGUUUGAAAACCCAGGCUGACCUGUUGCGUCUCAUUCGUUUCCCUCUGAUCCCUGCCGAGUCACUGUAUGGCCUGGAGUUCAACUCUUCUCUCUACAGCACUCAUAAGAAUAUAUAUCAGGAAAACUCCUUGAAAGCGUUCCAGUUCAAUGUUCUGCUCUUCAGCAAUCUUGUGUCCAACCCAAAGUUCAACGCAGAAGAUGAUAUUUACCGGCCAAGGAUCUACACCGCUGAGCCAUGGAGCACUGCUAUGACUACGACAUCCGAUUCUUACUAUAACACUCAAUACAGCUAUCAUUACGAUCAAGCCGCAAGCAAAAGCUUCACUACACCUGUCCACAGCAGCCUGAUCUUUCAGCACAACCAGAUUUCCUGGGAAGCUAAUAUCUUAAAGAACCAAAAUGAGUGUUCAAACCGAGGGGUGACGUGCAAGUCAUUCCCUAUGGCAAGGCUGUCUACAGGAAGCGUGCCUCAGCAGAAAAACAUCCUCUUUCGUAACAGGCUGCUGCUGAUGUGUCAAGGCAAGUACAUCUGUCAGGUUCAAGACUUCAAGGAAAACCUGGCUUAUAUCGUUGAGAAUGGGACCCAGGUUGUUGCCUAUCCCUGUCCUGAUGACCAGUACACCUACCACUUUGUAGUGAGACCAGAGUACGUCUGAUCCAAUAGCAAGGCCCGGCUCAAUGUUAUUCACAUCUGAUCAAUUUCUCUGCUUAUUAUUCAAUAGAUUGCAAUGAUGCUGCAAUAUUAUCCGUGUGUUUGGUUUUUUUCUCCCAUUAAUCUGUUGAUUAGCUACAAAUGUAUCACCUAUCUGUGCUUUAACGUAAAUAUAAUUUUCUGCUUUUAAUUAAUGAAAUGGCAAAUAAAUAGAGAUAUCUAUAUCUAUAUCUA